AUGGGGCCAGCUGCCUGCCAGGCGGGGGCCGGUGUUGGCUCUGCAAGCUGUGGAGGCCGGCGGGAUGGCGCCAGCCUUCGGGCAGUGCCUGGCACAGCCUGCGGCGGGAGUAGUGCAGAUCAAGUCCUAGAAGAAAAGGAGAAACUAAAGGCUCUAAGAAGCUUCAAGUUUUCAUGUCAGCAGACAAUGACCCCUGGGACUCCUUCAUCUUCAGUUCAUACUCUGAGGCCAACUGACAUUAAAACAGUCACUGCAAUAGGAAGUUUGCAAAUGACACCAGGAUCUAGCAUGCAUCAUGAAGAUUUAUACCAAAGCACAGAAAAGAGCUUCCUUGAAGUAAGCGUGGAAACUUUAGCAGCUCUCAUUAGCAGUUUUAAUCCCUCCGUCUGGCAGCAGUCUUCUCCACCUGGCACAAAGGGAGAAACAUCAGAAGGUCAAGCCAGAGACCUAGUGGAUCAAGCUAAAGAAAUGUUGAAGGUCAUGAAAGAGAAUCAGACGAUGGACUUCCAAAAUGACUGGAAGUUAAUCACCAUUUUCUUCAGUGCUGAAAACCCAUGUUCUUCCUGUGCCGUUACACAACCGAAGAACUGCAUAUUGGACAACCUGGAAAAACUUAAAGAAGUCUUGGACUUUUUAUAUCGAGAAGUUCCCAAAGCUUUUGUAAAUCUGGUGGAUUCCACUGAGCUCACAAGUUCCUCUCAUAUUUGCCAAGAUCAUCAUAAUGCCAGUAGUCCCAACAGGAAUCAGUGCAAUUGUGUUGGUGAACACUCUGCUGUAGAUGAUACAAUAUUGAGAUGGUCCUAUCAGGAUGCUUGGGAAAAACUUCUGGAGUCUGAGAGGUAUGAUCAAAGGGAUGACUUCACUGUUAUUCUUCAGCCUUCUCUCCAAGAAAUAAAUCUGCUGCUUAGACUGGAAAGGGAUGGUUUCAACACCAUAUCGAAGACACAAGUGGAAAUUCUGGAAGAAGAUUAUACUUUCAUGGCUGUGGGUCUCUGGAACAACAUGUUGGAGCCAGUUGGACAGAAGAAACCUUAUGAUCUCACAAAAAUGCUUCAGGUCCAGUGUCCAUCUCAGGAAAAUCCAUAUUUUUUUACAUAUAAGAAUAGUAACUACUCAUCUGUCCCAGUGACGUCAAACACCAAAGAAACAUCUCAGGAAAGGAGUUAUGGGACAAGUAUUCCCUGUUCUGGACACGCUCCCUCUGCUACAGUCCCGACAUCAGUUCAUAAGUUGAGACCGGCAGAUAUUCAGGUGAUUGCAGCCCUGGGAGACUCACUCACAGCAGGCAAUGGGGCAGGAUCAAAACGCUACGACGUUCUGGAUGUCCUCACUCAGUACCGGGGUAUUUCUUGGAGUGUUGGAGGAGAUGAAAACAUAAACACAGUCACAACACUAGCAAAUAUUCUUCGUGAGUUCAAUCCUUCCUUGAGAGGGUAUUCCACUGGCACUGGGAGGGAAACUACAAGUAAUGCCGCCUUCAACCAAGCUGUGGCAGGCGAUCGUGCAGAGGAUGUCCCUGCGCAGGUUAGAAGACUGGUGGACCGGAUGAAGAAUGAUACUAGGAUAAAUUUUCAGACUGACUGGAAGGUUAUAACACUCUUCAUAGGAGGAAACGACCUAUGCCAGUUCUGCAACGAUCCAGUACGCUAUUCUCCUGAAAACUACACCUAUAAUAUACAAACAGCUUUGGACAUGCUUCACAGAGAGGUUCCACGGGCAUUUGUGAAUCUGGUGACAAUGCUUUCUAUGGCAAGCCUCCAGGAUCUGUAUACAGACAAAAGCAUUAGCUGCCCAAGGCUGAUCAUGAGGUCUUUAUGCCCUUGUGUACUAAACUAUGAUGCCAGUUCCAAUGAAUUCCAGACGAUGGUCUCCUUUAAUAAAAAGUAUCAGGAGAGAACUCGCCAAUUAGUGGAGAGUGGAAGGUAUGACACUAAGGAAGACUUCACCGUAGUUUUGCAGCCAUUUAUGAUGAAUGUGAAUGUGCCAAAGACACAGGAGGGGUUGCCUGACAGUUCAUAUUUUGCCCCUGACUGUUUCCACUUCAGCCAGAAAACUCAUUCCCAGGCUGCGCGUGCUUUGUGGAACAAUAUGCUGGAACCUGUCGGGCAGAAGACAGAUAAUCAGAAAUUAGAAAAUGAAAUUGUUCUCAAAUGUCCAAGUGAGGCUGAGCCAUUCCUGAGGACAUAUAAGAACAGUAAUUAUGCAUACCCUUACCAAACUCUGAGUUAUGGAAGCCAGCUGCUGUGUGAGGACAGGACUCCCUCCUCCUCUUCUGCAGCUUCAGUGCAUUCCCUAAAGCCAGCUGAUGUGAAAAUUAUAGCAGCCCUUGGAGACUCUUUAACGGCUGGUACGGGAAUUGCCUCAGAUAAUCUCAUGGAUUUGAGCACUGAAUACCGAGGACUGUCUUGGAGUAUUGGAGGGGAUGCCUCUUUAGAGAAUGUGACAACUCUACCUAACAUCUUUCGAGAGUUCAAUGCUAAGAUUGUGGGAUAUUCAGCUGGGACAGGGCAUGCGAAUGAAUCGGGUGCGUUCCUUAACCAGGCCGUCCCUGGAGCAGAGGCUGAACAAUUACCAGAUCAAGCAAGAACUCUCCUGAGACUGAUGAAAACUGAUCCUAGAAUUGACUUCAAUGCUGACUGGAAGAUCAUAACGGUGCAUAUUGGAGGCAAUGAUCUGUGCAACUAUUGCAAAGACCCUGAUCAUUACUCAGCUGUAAAUUUCACCAGACGAAUUCAAGAAACCCUUGAUAUUCUGCACGAGCAGGUUCCAAAAGCUCUAGUGAAUCUGGUUGAAGUAAUGGACCUUCUCCCUCUGAGGCAGUUGUUUGUGGAUACUCAAGUUCAGUGCCCCACUUACUUGGCAGAUUACCUGUGUAGUUGUGUUCUCCAAGGAGAAGAAAACUCUCAAAAUGUUACAAUGGUGAGAGAAGCUACCAGAGCUUACCAGCUUGGUAUUCAGAAACUAGUGGAGUCUGGCAGAUAUGACACCCAUGAAAAUUUCACAGUGGUGGUCCAAUUUUUCCUCCAAAAUCUCGGGAUUCCUCUUCAUCAGGAUGGGCAUCCAGAUGUCUCCUACUUUGCACCUGACUGUUUCCAUCCAAGUCAGAAAGGUCAUUCUCAGCUUGCCAGGGCUCUCUGGAACGCUAUGUUCCAACCUGUAGACCAGAAAGCUGACUCCUUUGACUUCACGGCUAACGUUACCCUCAGCUGUCCAACUCAGCAAAACAUACCCUUCCUGGGAACUUACAGGAAUAGCAACUACACAUACUCAGCUGUGGAUCCCACUAACAGACCAAUUGAGAAUUGGGGCAGUGACCUGCAGUGUUCUGAACAGACUUUCUCCAGAUCUGUCCCGACAUCAGUACAUGAGCUGCGGCCUGUUGACAUCAAAGUCAUAGGAGCACUGGGAGAUUCCCUGACUACUGCAGUAGGAGCCCAAGCAACAGACCCACAAGGAAACUGGAGGGGACUUUCCUGGAGUGUUGGAGGUGACGGGGCCCUGGAGACUCGGACUACCUUACCCAAUAUCUUGAAAAAAUUCAAUCCAAACCUCUUUGGCUUCUCCACUGGCAACACUAAGGAAACGGCUGGAUUCAACGCAGCGGAGGGAGGCGCCAAAGCACUCAAUAUGUCAUCCCAAGCACGUGAAUUGGUGGAGCUAAUGAGAAGCAGCUCGAAAAUUAACUUCAAAGAGGACUGGAAGCUGAUCACUGUCUUUGUUGGAGGCAACGACCUGUGUCAGUACUGCUUGGACAAGGAAACCUAUUCUGUACAAAAGUAUAUAAAGCACCUUCAGGACACUUUGGAUAUUUUCUAUGAGGAGCUCCCGAGAGUCUUCAUCAACAUGGUGGAGAUACUUGAGAUUUCUGGACUGCGUCAGAUAGCAGCAAGCUCUUCAGGGUGUAGCAUAUCAGAAGUGAAUGUUUGCCCAUGUUUCCUAACCCCCAAGGAAAACUCUUCUGAACUGCAAGAAAUGAGAAGAGUUAACAGAGAUUUUCAGGUUGAAGCCUUACAGAUGGUCAACAGUGGUCGAUAUGAACAGCGUGAGGACUUUGCAGUUGUCAUGCAACCAUUUUUCCGAAACACCUUUGUGCCCCUGGAUAGCAAUGGAAAGCCAGAUCUGAGUUUCUUUUCUGUGGAUUGCUUUCAUUUCAGUGAAAGAGGCUAUGCUGAGAUGGCUAUAGCUCUCUGGAAUAAUAUGCUGGAGCCAGUUGGUGAGAAGCAGAGUUACAACAACUUUACCCAUGACAGAUCAAAGCUCAAGUGUCCAACUCUAGAGAACCCCUUUCUUUUCACAGUAAGAAACAGUGGAUUCAGGAAUUCAGCUCCCAACUCAGAGAAAACCAAAACUUCAGUCCCCUACUGGGCUGUCAUUGUGGCAGCAAUAGCUGGCAUGCUGGCGGGUUCUCUGUUCAUCUGGGUUGUGUCAGUAAGAAGAGCCAAGAAAUGCCGACAUGAGACGGACACAGCAAUGGAUUUGAAAUCAACAUCUCUGUAAGCCCUGAAGCAAGUGCAACAAAUAUCUGUCUCCACUGAGGUUGCUCUGGCGUUAUGCAGAAAGCAGCCC